CCAAUUUUAAUUUCUUGCAUCCCAUUGUUUUUCCACUUUUUCUUAUUUUGUGAAUUAUUAAUAAACGAAAUAAGAAAAAGUGAAAAACAAUGGCUCUUCACAUGAACAAAAUUCCCAUUGUAAUCAUAUCCCUCAUUUCUAUCUCCCAUUUAUCUCAGGCAAUUGCAAAUGAUCUCAUAAUUUCUUCAACACCUUCCUCAUCUCCUAUUAAUAAUGAAAAUGGUGCAAGUGUUAAGAGUCUUGUUAGCAGUCUCAUGGUUUCAUCCAUGUCGAAAACGGAGGAUUUCUUACAUAGAAUUAUUUUGGUACGUUUAGAUGCAGCUGUAGAUGCUUAUAAAAAAGAUUGCCUCGAGACAUGCAAAGAGGUGUAUGAAGAUGCAGUUGAUGCUAUGAAAAAUACACUAGACGAUGUAAAUGAAGGCAAUUAUUACAAAGCCAAUGUGGAUGUUAGUGCUAUGUCAACAAAUAUGGAAACUUGCAAAGAAUGUGCCAACGAGAUUUAUGGUGAUGAUCCUGAAUUCACAAAAUUUGAUAAUUGGUCACAUGUUGUUAUUGAGGAUGCCUUAACUAGAAUCACUAGCGUCAGCACUUAAUAAAACAUUGAAUUGUCAACAACAAAAGAAGUCAGAAAUUGUCAAGAACGUUUAAGAUUUAAUGUGUGUAUAAAAAAUAAUUUGUGAUCUGUACCUACAUUAUAGUUUUUUUUAA